GAGUUUCACUCUCAUUGACACAACCUGUGAUCCUUGCACCAUCUGCAAUAAAACAAUUAUGUAGGAUUACUGUAUGUGAGGUGAUUUGUGGAGCGAAGUUAAAUUUUGAUGGUCUUCACAGUUAGACAUUGAGAGCUAGUGGUUGGGUCACACGAGACGGCAGGCAGAACGCGGAUCUUAUAGAACAAUCUACAUAAGGCCUGUCUUAUAUACAGAAAAAUGGUACAGAGGUCUACAGUGGUGGGCUGCGUGAUGCUGCUGCUGGCAGCAGUUGCCACGUUUAUAGCCGUUUUCUUCAGUCUGCGGGCCAAGGGGUCUUCCGAAACUGGACCGGGAUACUUCAGAGCAGCAGUAGCAGCGGACGCUGGGCUGUGCUCAGAAAUUGGCAGGGAUAUUCUCAAGAAAGGCGGCUCUGCUGUGGAUUCCACCAUUGCUGCUCUACUAUGUAUGGCUUUGAUGAAUGCCCACAGCAUGGGCAUCGGAGGAGGACUUUUUCUUACUAUUUACGACGCCAAAACAGGGAAAGUCGAAACCAUUGAUGCACGUGAGACGGCACCCGCAAACGCGACCAGAGACAUGUUUGGCAACAGCACAGACCUUUCCCAGAAAGGUGGUUUGGCCAUUGCUGUCCCUGGGGAGAUUCGGGGAUAUGAGGUGGCGCACAAACGCCACGGCAAGCUUCCAUGGAGAGAGUUGUUUUUACCGAGUAUUCAACUGGCACGGAAAGGGUUUCCUGUGGGCUCCGCUUUGGCCGGUGCAAUUUAUUCUAACAGGAGAACCAUUGUGAAUGACAAAUCAUUAUGUUCAGUCUUCUGCGAUUCCAAUGGCAACAUCCUAAAGGAAAACGAUACAAUCACCUUUUCCAAACUGGCCGACACAUAUGAGCACAUAGCCGAGAACGGGGCCGAAGGGUUUUAUAGCGGCCCACUGGCUGAGAACCUUGUGAGGGACAUCCAAGGAGCAGGAGGGAUUAUAACUCUGGACGACCUGAGAGAUUACAAGCCUGUCCUGGACGAGAACCCCCCCACUGCCGACGUGGGGGAAUACACAAUGGUGACUCCCAACGCUCCUGCCAGCGGACCAGUGCUCACGUUAAUACUCAACAUCCUCAGCGGUUUCAACUUUAGCCCAGACAGCGUCUCCACCACCGAUAAGAAAAUCCUCACCUAUCACCGCAUAGUGGAGGCCUUCCGAUUUGCAUAUGCCAAAAGGACUGUGCUGGGCGAUCGAAAUUUUCUCAACAUCUCCGAUUUCAUCCAGAACAUUACCUCGAAGAGCUAUGCUGACAUGAUCCGACAGAAGAUCACAGAUAAUACAACGCAUCCAGAGAGCUACUACGAACCCGAGUUCUUCAUUCCGGACAAUCACGGCACGUCGCAUCUGUCGGUGUUUGCGGAGGACGGCAGCGCUGUCAGUGCCACCAGCACCAUUAAUCUAUACUUUGGCUCCAAAUUCAUGUCAAAUUCCACCGGGAUUAUUAUGAACAACGAGAUGGAUGACUUCAGUUCUCCGCUGAUUACCAACAAUUUUGGAGUUCCUCCUUCCCCCAAUAACUUCAUUGUUCCACAUAAAAGACCCAUGUCAUCUAUGUGCCCCGCCAUCUUGCUGGACAAAAACAACAAAGUUAAGAUGGUAGUCGGGGGCUCGGGUGGAACUAGGAUCACCACAGCAGUCGCUCAGGUGAUCCUAAACGCCUUGAUUUUCAAUUACGACUUGAAGAAAUCAGUCGUGGAGCCGAGAAUUCACAAUCAACUCAGUCCCAACGUCACUGAGGGAGAACCUCACUUUGACAGGGCAGUUUUGGAGGGUCUUGCCCAGAAGAAUCACGUUACAGAAGUGAUAAAGUCCACAGUCUCUGUGGUCCAGGCUAUUGUGCGAUACAGUGAUGGACUUCGCGCUGAGUCAGACCCCCGUAAGGGAGGAUAUGCAGCUGGGUACUGACAUCCGACUCAGCGAUUCGGGUUUCCAGUCCAGCCUCAGGCAAAAGAGAUGCUACCCAUGGACAUUUUCCCUAGAGCUGCUCUGAAGCAACCAGCGUGCCUUCGUCAGACAAAUCGCCUCUAGCAGGCUCUGUCCGUACAGUCUUCCAUACUGAAAAUGAAGGAGAAAACUGUAGGGUGACAAAUGCACCCGCAAAGAAAACAGUUUCUUUUGAUUAAAUGGAUUUGUAGGCUAUUUAUCUCUGCAAAUCAGCAUGUUUGGUGACAUUAUUACAGUAUGUUUAAAGCUGGUCUUUUGUCCUUACUGAGAUAUCCAUCCAGGCCAAUGAAGUUUUUGCACAACUGCAGGAUCCUCUUAGGGGAGCGAGUUUUAAUCAAGUAGAAGCUUAAAUACUCAUUUUAAUGUCCCUCAAGUAUGUAACUCAACCCAGAGGCACAACGACUGAACAUCAAGCAGCAUCAUUUAUGAUCAAGCUUUCAGGGGACGGACAAAAUCACAUAAGAUGUUCGUAAUGGAACUUUUCAAGCUUGACAUAGAUUUUAAGUAGUUCAGCUAAUAAGCAUGUGAACUUUAAAUCAUUUUACAAAGAAAACAUUUAUAUAUUCAGAAUUCUGUCAAAUGUCAGGAAAUUUGUCUGUUCACGAUGAACUGUUGUGCAUAAUGUAUUGUUUUAAUAAUAUAUCUUAAUAUUUGGUAUUAGUGACAUUUUUGUUAAAGUCCCAGUGAGAUCAAAUCAAACUUUUUUUCCUUUCAUUAAAAAUCACUUAGCCUUAAGGACGUCGUUAAACUGAAAUGCUCUCAUGCACUGAAAAAGUUCCCAUUUACAAGAUAUAAGCAUUUAAAACUAGAACAGUCGGGCACGUGCGCUCAAAAAAAUCUAGAAAUUCCAUCACAUCUCACUACUGUACACUUCAGCAUUACGUUAAAGUUCUUGUCCAAUCUUACAUCGGUUUUACCAUUGUCUCUAUUCAAGAUAAUUUUGGAAAUACUUGGAAAAUUAUAUAAAUAGAAAAUCGGGAAGUGUGGUGGAAAAUAGAGUUUUUUAUGUAUUUUGUUAUUUAGAAAUUUAUAAUUGACAAAGUAAUGAACAAUAAAUUAUACAGGUAUUUAUUAUAUUAGGUAAAUAUCAUAUACAUGAAACGAAGUGUGCCUUAUGUACAUUAAACAUUUCACCAUUUAUCACUGAUUUCAGAAUGUAUGUCAUGACAUUGGAACAAAUGGAUUACAUAAAAGCUCUGAAAACAUGUCAUAGUUUAAAAGAACUUAACUUUA